UGAAUAACCCUAUACCUUCCAACUUGAAGUCAGAAGCUAAAAAGGCAGCUAAAAUAUUACGAGAAUUCACAGAAAUAACUUCCAGAAACGGACCCGAUAAAAUCAUACCUCCCCAUGUAAUAGCUAAAGCCAAAGGCCUUGCCGUUUUGUCUGUUAUCAAAGCUGGAUUUUUGGUGACCGCUCGAGGCGGAAGUGGAAUUGUAUUAGCUCGUCUUCCUAAUGGAACCUGGUCUGCUCCUUCUGCAAUAGGAAUUGCUGGCCUUGGUGGUGGAUUUGAAAUUGGAAUUGAGGUUUCAGACUUAGUGAUAAUAUUGAAUCAUGAAAGAGCAGUAGAAGCUUUUGCCAAAGGAGGAAAUCUUACACUUGGAGGAAAUCUUACUGUGGCAAUUGGACCUCUGGGGAGAAACUUAGAAGGGGAUGUUUCUCUGAGAAGCUCUGCUGCUGUCUAUACGUACUGCAAAUCUCGAGGACUGUUUGCAGGUGUAUCUCUGGAAGGAACCUGUUUAAUUGAAAGGAAAGAGACAAAUCGCAAGUUUUAUGGGCAGGAUAUUCGAGCUAGUGCCAUCUUGCUUGGUGAUGUGCCUUUUCCUGCUCAAGCAGAAGAUCUUUAUCAAACUCUAGCAUCCUUCACUGAAGUAUAUGAAAAUGAAGAGCAGAAAAAUAAUCCGGGAAAAUCUGUAAAUGACCCACCUGCUAGACCAUCAUUGAGACCAGAGCCACCCAAACCCACUGUUAGGCCAACACCACCAGCUAAAAAGAAUACAAACAAGCUUUAUCCUGAACUUCCAAAUGAUUACGCCUCUGUGG